CAUGUGUCCUUCUCCUAACCUCCCUCUCCCCGUUUAUAACACUGUUAAAUAACUAAUUGAUUUCGGUAUCUCUGUGUGUAACUUAGUUGUUAGCUGCCAUAGCGUCAUGGACAAUGCGCAACGGAUGAAAUGCUGCCGGGUCCUGCACCACUCCCAUGAUAGUUGUGACUUGGACCAUAGUGAUUCACAGGGUUUGCCUUGGCUGAUGUUUGGAAAUGGAUCACCAGGCAUUUCUUCCUAGUCUGUCUUAGUCUGGAAACUCCACUGAAAUCUGUUCAGCAUCAUAACAUACAAGCUUUCACUGACAGAUGGGUGUCGGCUGCACAUGAGGUGGAUUGGCCAGAACUGAACCCUGGUCUCCCUCAUGGAAAGCGAGAAAUCUAACACUGAAUCACACUGCCCUCUCUGUAAUAGCUACACCAAAAAAAAAAAAAAGAUGCAAAUGAAGUUGUUCUUUGUGUAUAGCUGUCGAUUCUACUGUACAUCCCCAGCCCAGGUGGAUCACCAGCCAGCCAAAGAAAAAGGCUCAUUUCCCUUUAAUAAGUAAAAGGCAUUACUUGAGUUCUGGUCUGGCCUCUAUGGUUCCUUGAAACUAGCUAUGGGCAACCCACAUGUUUCAGCAUAAAGUGGAAGCUUGCCGCUUCAGCCAUGGUCUUGCUUCAGAGAACAUUGUUUUCUGGAGUCCGGCCAACCUGAAAGAAUUUACCCAGACGAUCCAGGAAACACUGAACCGUUUCCAUUUAUGGGCACUUUCCUUUACCAAUAAAGAACAAAGGAGAGUUGGGCUUUUUUUUUUUUCCCUCCUGAUACUUUACAUUUAAAAUGUUUAUGCAAAUACUGACGUAAUUAGAGCUCUUUGCGGAGGUUUUUAAAAGGGGAGGGAAUCUAGACCAAGUGCCUUGUCGCUUGCUGGUAUGUUAACAGCUAGUGCUUCAGUUUUUAUCAUAAGUGAGUUUGGAAGUGGGUGACAUGCCAGGCAUUCCUUCUGGAAGUUAACUAAGGCUUUGUUUUGCAGGGUCCUAUUUCUUGUUCCUGCAGGACAGUUGAACAUUGCACAAGACUGACGGGAAGAAGGGAAAGGAGCAAGGUACUCAAGGACGUGGUUUCAGCCUCCAUGCUGCUCCAGCUACCUACCGGAGGGGAAAAUUCUAAAUAUCUGGUCUCUGAAAUGUUAAUGUGCACUGAAAUGUCAGCAGUAAUUGGCCGCUAUGAGUUUUGUGAGACAGUAUGAGUUCAUUUGUUUGAAUUCUGGAGAAAGUAGAAGAGAAUCAGCUUGGGGUGAAAAAACUGAAGUUUCCUUUCUGCUCCUCACUUUUAAUCAAUUCGUGGUUACCUGCCUUGCCCCUGUUGCUCUUCGGUGCAGUAUUUAGAUCUGUGUCACUCCUAAACACCCAGCUCACUGCAAGCCAUUUUCUGUACGAAGUCGUCCCUGGCUAGUCAGUGCACAUUGGUUUUAAUUAAAUGCGUAAGCUGAAAUCCUGACACCAUUUGACAAUUCUUUAUUAUCUAGUUUGUUAGUUGUUAGCUUGUUAUUAUCAUCCACAGAACUAUCUACAGAACAUUCAUUCAAUCAGUCAACAACUAUUUAUUGAGACUUGCAGGCCUUGGUAAUAAGGAGUAGGGCGUGGUUGUUUUGCAAAGAUUGUGUAUAUAUAUUGUGUAUAUCUAAACCUCUGGUAAUUUUUUCUAAAUCUCUACUAGGAGUUAAAGUUUUCUCCUUUAUAGCCUCCUCUCUAAAUUAUUGUCUCCAGCCUUCUUAAGGGAAGGGACAAUUUAAGAUGUAUCAAGAAUUACAGUUUUCUAGAUAUUACUCAAGGAGCCCUGGUGGUGCAAUGGUUAAGUGCUGGGCUGCUAACCAAAAGGUCAGUGGUUCAAGCCCACCAGCUGCUCCACUGGAGAAAACAGCUGGCAAUCUGCUCCGGCAAAGAUUACAGCCUAGGAAGCCCUACGGGGAAGUUUUACUCUGUCACAUAGGGUCGCUAUGAGUCAGAAUUAACUCGAUGGCACACACCACCACCAACAGAUAUUACUCGCUUCACCUAACACAGUGGACUUGGAUGAUGCACUCCGUGGGCCUCAACAAACAUUUUCUAAUGGGCCCAUAGAGAAGGGCAUGAGAAAUUUGCCCUAAUAUGUAAAAGUAGUUGGAAUCUGUGAACCUCUUCCUUAAACAAUUCAACAGAACAUUUAUUCAGCACCAACUGUAAGCCAGAUACUGUACCAGUUGUUAGGAUAUAAAGUGAGACCCUGUCCUCAUAGGGAGGCCAACCAGUCAACAAGUGAGUUAAUGAGAUACAUGCCCAGGUGAUCAGGAAGUUACUAACCUGACUGGAGAGGGGCCCUUGGUCCAGCCUGGUGAUGGAGAGGGAAGGAGGAAUUAGCAGAGGGUGGGCUAGGGUAAGGCUGCUGUAUUUCAGAGAGAGGUUCACCCUGACCAGGGCUGCUGGCUUAAUUCUGAGUUUGUGCACUUGAGAGUGGGCCUUCCAGUUUGAGGAAACGGUAGGGCUGCUAUUUACCUCUGUGAAUUCUGUCCUGGACCACCCCGGGAGAGAAUGAAGGCUCCGGGAGAUCUGCUCCAUUGCUCCAGGAGGAUCCCUGGGCCAUCCGCCGCACCACACCCUCGGCCUGGGCCAGGUGUGCGCUCUUCUUGUGGCCAGGGGGAGCCCUGCAGGACUGAGUCAGGUAGACGAGUCGAUAAAACCACUUGAUCAAGGAAAAGGAAAGCACAGCGGAGCGCAGAGUGGAAACCACAGCCUCGAGGCGCCUGGCAGCGACCCCUGCAGCGGCGGACGGAGCGCCCCGGCCAUGCCUGCGCUCUGGCUGAGCUGCUGCCUCUGCUUCUCUCUGCUUCUGCCUGCAGCCCGGGCCACCUCCAGGAGGGAAGUUUGUGAUUGCAGUGGGAAGUCCAGGCAAUGCAUCUUUGAUCAGGAAAUUUACAGACAGACAGGAAAUGGAUUCCGCUGCCUCAGCUGCAAUGACAACACAGAUGGCAUCCACUGCGAGAGGUGCAAGGAAGGGUUCUACCGACAGAGAGAACGAGACCGCUGCUUGCCCUGCAACUGUAACUCCAAAGGUUCUCUAAGCGCCCGAUGUGACAGCUCUGGACGGUGUAGCUGUAAGCCAGGUGUGACAGGGGACAGAUGUGACCGAUGUCUGCCAGGCUUCCACGCGCUCACUGAUGCCGGGUGCACCCGAGACCAGGGACUCUUAGACCCCAAGUGUGACUGUGACCCAGCUGGCAUCAUGGGGCCCUGUGACACUGGCCAUUGUGUCUGCAAACCGGCUGUCACCGGAGACCGCUGUGAUAGGUGUAGACCAGGCUACUACCAUCUGGAUGCAGGAAAUCCUGAGGGUUGCACCCAGUGUUUCUGCUACGGGCAUUCAGCCAGCUGCCAUAGCUCUACAGAUUACAGUGUCCAUAAGAUCACCUCUGGCUUCCAGCAAGAUGUUGAUGGCUGGAAGGCUGUCCAAAGAAAUGGGUCUCCUGCAAAGCUUCAAUGGUCCCAGCGCCAUCGGGAUGUGUUUAGCUCAGCACGACGAUCAGACCCUGUCUAUUUUGUGGCUCCUGCCAAAUUUCUUGGGAAUCAACAGGUGAGCUAUGGGCAAAGCCUGUCCUUUGACUACCGUGUGGACAGGGGAGGCAGACACCCGUCAGCCCAUGACGUGAUCUUGGAAGGUGCUGGUCUUCGAGUCACAGCUCCCUUGAUGCCACUUGACAAGACUCUGCCUUGUGGGAUCACCAAGAGUUACAUGUUCAGAUUAAAUGAACAUCCAAGCAGUAAUUGGAGCCCCCAGCUGAGUUAUUUUGAGUAUCGAAGGUUACUGCGGAACCUCACGGCCCUCCGGAUCCGAGCUACCUAUGGAGAAUACAGUACUGGCUACAUUGACAACGUGACCCUGGUUUCAGCCCGCCCCAUCUCUGGAGCCCCAGCACCCUGGGUUGAACAAUGCAUGUGUCCUGUUGGGUAUAAGGGUCAGUUCUGCCAGGAUUGUGCUUCUGGCUACAAAAGAGAUUCAGCCAAGCUGGGGCCUUUUGGCACCUGUAUUCCAUGUAACUGCCAAGGAGGGGGAGCCUGCGAUCCAGACACAGGAGAUUGUUAUUCGGGGGAUGAAAAUCCUGACAUCGAGUGUGCUGACUGCCCCAUUGGUUUCUACAACGAUCCACACGACCCCCGCAGUUGUAAGCCAUGCCCCUGUCGCAAUGGGUUCAGCUGCUCGGUGAUGCCCGAGACAGAGGAGGUGGUGUGCAAUAACUGUCCCCUCGGGGUCACUGGUGCCCGCUGUGAACUCUGUGCUGAUGGCUACUUUGGGGACCCCUUUGGGGAACGCGGCCCCGUGAGGCCCUGUCAGCCCUGCCAGUGCAAUGACAACGUGGACCCCAGUGCACCUGGGAACUGUGACCGCCUGACAGGCAGGUGUUUGAAGUGCAUCCACAACACGGCUGGCUUCCACUGUGACCAGUGCAAAGCUGGAUACUUCGGGGAUCCCUUGGCCCCCAACCCAGCAGACAAGUGUCGAGCUUGCAACUGCAACCCUAUGGGCUCAGCGCCUGUGGAAUGUCGAAGUGAUGGGAGCUGUGUCUGCAAGCCAGGAUUUGGGGGCCUCAACUGUGACCAUGCAGCAUUAACCAGCUGUCCAGCUUGUUAUAACCAAGUCAAGAUUCAGAUGGACCAGUUUACGCAGCAGCUCCAGAGCCUGGAGGCCCUGGUUUCUGAGGCUCGGGAUGGUGGAGCAGUACCCAAUGCAGAGCUGGAAGGCAGGAUUCAGCAGGCGGAGGAGGCUCUCUGGAACAUCCUGAGAGAAGCUCAGAUUUCAGAAGGUGCGAUUAGAUCCCUAAAUCUCCAGCUGGCCAAAGUGAGGAACCAACAAAACAGCUACCGGAAUCGCCUGGAUGACCUCAAGAUGACGGUGGACAGAGUCCGGGCCCUGGGCAGCCAGCAUCAGAACCGCGUUCAGGAGACCCGCAGGCUCAUCACUCAGAUGCGCCUGAGCCUGGCAGAGAGUGAAGCUUCCCUGCAGAACACUAACAUUCCUCCCACCGAGCACUACGAGGGGCCAAACAACUUUAAAAGCCUGGCUCAGGAAGCCCAGAAAUUGGCAGACAGUCAUGUUGAGUCAGCCAGUAAUAUGGAGCAACUGGCAAGGGAAACAGAGGAGCUUUCCAAACAAGCGCUAUCACUGGUGCGCAAGGCUGUCAGCGAAGGAGGAGGAAGCAGCAGCCUGGACAGCUCUGUGGUGCAAGGGCUUGUGGGAAAAUUAGAAAAAACCAAGUCCCUGGCCCAGCAGUUAAUGAGGGAGGCCACUCAAACCGACAUUGAAGCAGAGAGGUCUUAUCAGCAUAGUCUCCGCCUUCUCGACUCAGUGUCUCAGCUUCAGGGUGUCAAUGAACAGUCCUUUCAGGUAGAAGCAAAGAAGAUUAGACAAAAAGCUGAUUCUCUCUCCAGCCUGGUGACCAGGCAUAUGGAUGAGUUCAAGCGUGUACAAAGAAAUCUGGGAAACUGGGAAGAAGAAACUCAGCUGCUCCUGCAGAAUGGGAAGAAUGGGAGACAGAAAUCAGAUCAGCUGCUCUCUCGUGCCAACCUUGCUAAAAGUAGAGCCCAAGAAGCACUAAGUAUGGGCAAUGAAACUUUUUACGAAGUUGAGAACAUCUUAAAGAAUCUCAGAGAGUUUGACCUGCAGGUUGGAGACAGGAAAGCAGAAGCUGAAGAGGCUAUGAAGAGACUCUCCUUCAUUAGCCAGAAGGUUGCAGAUGCCAGUGACAAGACCAAGCAAGCAGAAGCGGCCCUGGGUGGUGCUGCUGCCGACGCCCAGAGGGCAAGGAAUGCAGCAAGUGAGGCUCUGGAGAUCGCCGAUGGGAUUGAACAGGAGAUAGGGAGUCUGAACUUGGAAGCCAAUGUGACAGCAGAUGGAGCCUUGGCCCUGGAGAAGGAACUGGCCACUCUGAAGAGUGAGACAAGGGAAGUGGAAGGAGAGCUGGCAAGGAAGGAGCGGGAGUUUGAUGUGGAUACGGAUGCGGUGCAGAUGGUGAUUGCAGAAGCCCAAAGAGUUGACUCUAGAGCCAAGGAUGCUGGAUUUGCAAUCCAAGACAUGCUCAACACAUUGGAUGGCAUCUUACACCUAAUAGACCAGCCUAGAGGCGUGGAUGAAGAGAGGCUGAUCUUAUUGGAGCAGAAGCUUUCCCGAGCCAAAGGCCAGAUCAACAGUCAACUGCGGCCCUUGGUGUCAGAGCUGGAAGAGAGGGCUCAUCGGCAGAGGGGCCACCUCCAUUUCCUGGAGACAAGCAUAGAUGGGAUUCUGGCUGAUGUGAAGAACCUGGAGAACAUUAGAGAAAACCUGCCCCCAGGCUGCUACAACAACCAGGUUCUUGAGCAACAAUGAAGCUGGCUAUAGAGAUUUCUCAACUUAGGUUCUUAGGACACAGAUUUCAGAGCUCAGGAGCCAGGUCAUGUGGGUGGGGUGGGAUGAGGACAUUUGAACAUGUUGAAUGGGCAUGUUCAGGUCAACUGGACCUGACCCCAUCCCUGAGACUCUGGCCAGGUGCAUGUGUUAGUGCACCAGUGCAAUACUAUUUGCUUCCUGACGCUAGGGAAUGAGGCAAAUAGCAUUGGGUGUGAAACUGAUCAAGGACCUAGACCCCAAAGAAUAGACAGGAUGGAAGGACAAGCUACAUGGGCAAAUGUUUGCUUCAGAAAAGCCAUAAACUGUGAGUCCUGGAUCAUGGACAAGAGCUGCUGGGUUAUAAUCAGCUUAUUCAUUAAAUAAUGGGACCAAAGGAAAUUGUUUGGACUUUGUCCAGGAAUAAAAUUCUCCCUAAUGUCAGAACAGAGAGUGAAAUCCAGUCACACUGUGGCCAGUAAGAUAUUUUUGUCUUGUACUGUCCAGUGCAAGCUUCUUGUUUACCAGAGGUCCUUCCACUUACCGCCCAGUACAUAAACAUGUACUCCACUUCCAAACUGGACGAAGUAAGCAGUGAAGACCUGUAGGCUGGCCCAUUUGGAGCAGGGCUAUCAGGUGCCCUGCCACCUUCAAGUUCUUCUGGGCCCAGGAGUGGCAUCGUUUCUCCUGAUGCUGCCAUGGCAACUUAGAGACUGCAUUUUUAUUAAAGCAUUUCCUACCAGCAAACAGCACUGGUGGGUUUUACCAGCAAAAAGCAAACACUGGGAAAGCAUUUAUUUUGGGAUUUCAAUGUGAUGGAAAAAUGUGGCUUGGACCUUGAAAGGUGAAAUUAUCUAGAAGAUUUAUUAACCCUAAUUCCAUCCCACUCUUUAAACACUAAAAAAAUGCACAUCAAUGUAUUUUACCUUAUUCUUUCUAUCUCUACCUGGCACAGAAUGUUCUAUCCACACUUGAGCUGGGUAGAAUCCGUAUCCAUCCAUCCUUCCUUCCAUCCAUCCAUGCAUUCAUCCAUCCUUACGAACAAAUAUUUAUUGAUACGUAUUGUGUGCUAGGGGCUGGGGGUACAGUGAUGACGUCCUCUCUGCCCCUUAUAGAGUUGAUUGUCUAGUGAGGAAGACAGACAUUAAAAAAAAUAAUAAAUUUAAACUUACAAAGCAUGUUCAUCACAAGCUGUGUUUAUUGCAGUAAUCCUUGGUUUGCAACCUCUUUUCUCAAAAGAACAUAUAUUGCAAGACACUCCCAUGGGGGCACUUGGGUUUUGGCAAAGCUGAGAUGGCUCUGGGUUGUGCAUACUUCUUGGUACUCCAGCGGUCACUCUGCCCCUUUCCACAAGUGAUUGCAACACACUGUUGAGUCAUGAUAAUACCAGUGGGAAUUGCUGGAGAAACCAGAGGCACUUCCACCUCCACCUGGAAGACUGGUGCUGCCUCCCCUCUGCAUUUCCUUGAUUUUUCACGGAUGUGCUUUCAAAUAAAGAAUGAUUGUUAGAUGCCUGUGGUCAG